CCCGAAUGAAGUUUGGCCGAGUCGCCCAUAAAUAAUGGUAUCCAGUCGCUGCUCUUACUCCAAAUUCCAAAACAAUCAAAACAGAUAAUCUUGAAGCCUCUGUACGUGACUGAUACGAUGUCGUAUGCUGUGCCGGUACCUGCGACUGGGCCGAGCGCUCAGCCUCUGGCCAACCCCAUUACGGUGGUCAGCCCGCAGUUCCAAGCAACCUACCCUGUGGAUCUGGUCAUCACGGAGAAGAUGAUGACGAUCAAGGAAGGUGAUUUUACAGUGUCGGACGUUAAUGGAAAUGUCAUGUUCCAGGUCAAAGGCUCCCUUUUCAGCCUUCAUGAUCGUCGGACUUUGGUCGACAGCGCCGGCACUCCUAUCCUCUCCUUCCGACAAAAGAUAAUGACAGCACAUAAGAGAUGGCACGUAUUCAGAGGAGAGAGCUCAGACGAAAAAGAUCUACUCUUCACUGCCAGGAAGUCAUCCUUUUUCCAGCUCAAGACUGAAUUAGAUGUGUUCUUGGCUGGUAACACUAAAGAAGAAGCUUACGAUUUCAAGGUCAAAGGAAGCUGGGGGGAAAGAUCAUGCACCAUAUAUAAUGGAGACAACACUAUCAUUGCACAAAUGCACAAGAAACAUGAUCUUAAAAGUAGUUUGUUUGGGAGAGAUGCGUUCUCAGUGACUGUGUAUCCUCAUGUUGAUUAUGCCUUUAUAACUGCCAUUGUGAUUGUUCUUCAUGAGAUUAACAUGGACAGAAGUGGGGAAGACUGAAGCUGAUGAUGAUGCUGCUUUGUUAUGUACUUAUAUAUCUAUAUAAAUAAGAAUAAACAAUUUCCCUUAUUGUCACUAAAUCAGUUAAUUGUCUUGGUAUAUAAUUACCGAGAGACUUUAUUGUGUGAUCUCUGGCUUCGGGCCAUCUAGUACAAAUGAAUAAAUGAUUUGGAUCUCUUAGUUUAA